AUGGACCAAGAAGGGCUGGCAAGACAGGAUACUCCGUCGAAGCUGGUGGAUACAGACCACAAGUGGCUUAUGUUUGGGACCGGGAAGCAGGCUUGCCCAGGAAGAUCCUCUGCUGCCGCUUCUGCGAAGGUUAUCAUGUCGCAGAUGAUCAGCAAGUAUGACAUGCGAAUGGUGGACAAGACUGCAAAGAGAUGGUGGAGUUUGAGAUCGACGAUUGUUUUGAGGGAGAAUCAUAUGGUGGCGUUUACAUGCCGUGUUAAGAAUUAG